AUGGAUAUUGCCAACAACUCAAACACAAACUCCCCUUCUCCUUCAAAGAGCAAAAAGAAGACUAAUCAGCAAGAAUCAACAACCAGGUUUCUUGGGGUCAGAAGGCGGCCAUGGGGCAGAUAUGCAGCAGAAAUAAGAGACCCUUCCACCAAAGAAAGGCAUUGGCUUGGCACUUUUGACACCGCAGAGGAGGCUGCCUUGGCCUACGACAGGGCUGCGCGCUCAAUGCGUGGCUCCAGAGCUCGAACAAACUUUGUAUACUCGGACAUGCCUCCUGGUUCCUCUGUCACUUCCAUUGUGUCCCCUGAUGAAUCCCAACAGGAUCUCUCCGCCCUUUUUGACCAUUCGAAACUAUCUGACACUUCAAACAACCAACUAUUGUUCUUUGGUCAGAAUGAUCUUAUAAAUGUGAGUCAGUUUCCAAGCUGCUUUCAGGUCUCUGAGGAUACCUGGAAUCAAAGCAGCUGUAGUAGCUAUAACACUAGUUUAUUGCAAGAGGAGCUGCAGGUGGCGACUAAUAGUACUGCAGGUGCAUUUGAACCGUUGUAUGCGGAUGGGACUGCUGAACUUCCACCUUUGCCACCGGAUAUUACGAGCAGCUACUCGGGCGAGCCACCAGUGCUUUCAGAACUGGGAUGUGGAGUUCUGAAUGAAAUGAGUUUUCUCGAGUUGUCCGAGCAGCAGACCAUGGCUGGAGCAUACGACAUGGGGGAAUACCUGGGAUCCAACUCACUAAAUGACGCCUCUGAUGGGUUCAGAAAUAAUUUCUCCAGCUACGGAUGGUUUUGA